AUGGAAACAACAAGGAGUAGUAGUAGCAGCAGCAACACACAACAAACGUUGACCGAGUCCAAUCGUGGCAUGGAACAACAGGCACCUCCCCCUCCUCCACCUCCACCUCCACCAGCAGCAUCCGUCGAUUCAGGCCCGGUUCAAGCUUACGCUAAAUUGGAAGGCGAUCAGGCAUGUUAUUACAUUCGUACCUUCCAGGUCACUUUGGGGCGUACAGUGACACGCAUGAAUACGGUGGAUAUCCCUCUUGGCAAAGUCAAGUCUGUGUCGCGACAACACGCUCGUCUCUUUUACAACUUUGCAACACAACGAUUUGAAAUGAUGGUGCUAGGCAAGAACGGCGCGUUUGUCAACGAGCAAUUCAUAGAGAAAGGUGUUACAGUCCCUUUGGAGAAUAGGGCAAGGAUCAGGAUAGGUGAUUCCAGAUUUCUCUUUCUCUUACCUCGUAUGAUGAACAUGGGCAUCUCAGAACAGUACAUCCAUCAUCCACCUAGUCAAGUCGUCAGCAACAGCAGCAGCAACAACAAUAAGGAUGAUAAGCCCCCUUACUCAUAUGCGACAUUGAUUGCUCAGGCUAUCACAUCAACGGACGAGAAACGUAUGGCCUUGCAUGAAAUCUACAACUACAUCACCCAUCAUUAUCCUUAUUACAACAUGGCUCAGAAUGGAUGGCAGAACUCGAUUCGACACAACCUUUCCCUCAACAAGGCGUUUGUCAAAGUACCGCGUAACGAUGAUGAACCUGGAAAGGGCGCAUUUUGGACCAUUGACCCCAAGGCAGAUAUGCAAUUCCUUUUGGGCGCUAUCAACAACAGCAGCAGCAGUAGUAGUAACAAUGGCAACAGCAAACGUGGCAGCAAUAAGCGGACAUCCUCCAUCACUCCUUCUUCUACCACCACCACAUCCGAAAAGAAAAAGAGGAAAAAGGAAAAGGAAUCUGCCGCAUCAGAAGAAACAGCAACCAAGUCAUCGAAACCCGAUAUUAAAGGAGAAGCCAGUGCUACUGUUGCUACGGCUACGACAUCAUCCGUUGCUAUGCUACCAUCUUCCAAUGCGCAAUCCCAACCACCAGCUACACCCCCACCAUCGUCAUCAUCAGCAACAUCAUCAACAACAUCGCCAUCAACAUCAUCCACACCCACACCUUUACUUUCUUCCACACAACAACAACAACAACAACCAAGUGCUCAAAGCAUACAUCAAAUUCAGAUGCAACUUCAAGCUGCUAUUCGACAACAUUUAUUGGAUCCAGUGAGAAACCCAUUACCGCCAUCCAUUGCUCAACUAUUGCCACAAGCUAUUGCACAACUCCCACCUCAUCUUGCUAAUCAAUUUUCGACCACUUUACAAUCAGCAUUAAGAGCACAUCAAUCUACUAGUACUACUGGCAAUAAACCACCAGACACUGCUGCUGUUUCUUCAACAAACGAGAAAUCACCUUCCCCCAUCCCUCCCGCUUCCGCUUGUUCAUCAUCAUCGCCAUCAUCGUCAACUUCCCCUCCUACUACUACUACUGCAGCUGCUGCUGCUACUACUACUACUACUACCACCGCCUCCCCAUCAUCAUCAUCAUCAUCCACGUUACCAUCAUCAUCCAUCAAAAAAUAA